AUGAUGCGAGACCACGGUCAAAAGAAAAGUUCCGUUUGUUCAUCUCCUAAAAAAGUGAGAAGCCCCACAAAGAGCGUGAAUUUGGUUGCUCCAUCGCGUAGAAAACCGAGAAAAAAGAAAAAGGUCAAGAACAACUCGAAUUGUGGAACAGCAAGCCCUCUCACACCAGCUGUAGUACAAGCUUCUGUCAAAUCUCGAAGGUGCGUGACAAACGAAUUCGCUAAGCAUGAAGAGCUUCCUUGGAUAGCUCACAAAGAAAACGCAUCAAAAAAGAUCCCUCAAUCAGCGUCUGAACUUGCAGCUUCUGAGCUUGCUCUGAUGGAAUUUGCAGAGAUCUGGAAAGGCUUGGUUGCAAAAGCCAUGGAAAAGAUAAAGCAAGGAAAUCUCUCCCAGAAAGCUAGAACGGAUAUCGGACAAUUGCGGGAUUGCGCUCUACGAUUAUGCGAGACCGGCGAUGUACCUCAUCUGGAGAAGCUCGUGACAAUGUCGACCACACUUCUUUAUUUCUACACGUUCGAUCCUUCUCUCGAAAAUCUGAUUAUGCGAGACCGGCGAUGUACCUCAUCUGGAGAAGCUCGUGACAAUGUCGACCACACUUCUUUAUUUCUACACGUUCGAUCCUUCUCUCGAAAAUCUGGUGCAAUGGUUUGUCCAGCAGAACUUAUACACUGGGUUAUGUAG